ACUUGUAGUGAACUCACCAAAGAGACGAAAUCACCAAAAUCAGACGAUUUUCAUCAAAAUUGUGUCUACAACGAACUCGUCUCUGCUACAGGAAAUUUGGUGAGUGCCGAUUUUGCUCGUCUGUUCUGCUGAGCCAAUUUCCUCUCGUCUCUUCUUACUUUUCAUUUGUUUAUUACCCUUCCCGCGUUCUCGAUCUCCUGAAGCGAAAAUUGGAGCUCCUUCGCACCUUUUCUCACAAAUCACCUCUGCAAGUUUUUGAAUCCCAGAAACGUGUUCUCCAUUUGGUAAUUGGGAUCACAUAUUUGACAGCUGCAAGGGUGAAUCGGUUGCAUGCUUGACAGCUGCAAGGGCUGAAUGUGCUGCAUGUUUGACAGCUGCAAGGGCAGCUGUGGGAUGGAUUCAAACCAAGUCCCAUACUUCACCAAUCUUCUUAGUGUUGAUAGUGUUGAUGACAUUUUCAUAGAAACUACAAGCACAAUGUUUGAACACGAAGAGCCUCCACCCCAAAUGGAGGAAGAGGUUGAAGUCAUUGUUAAAAAACCAUUACGGGGUGGCAACUUCAACAUGGACGAAAACAAUAUGCUAAUAUCUUCGUGGAUUGAAAUUACCAUGGAUGCGGUUCAAGGAAAUGAACAAAAACAUAAGAAAUAUUGGGGUAGAAUUUGGGAGUACUUUCAUGGGCACAAGACCUUUAAUUCGAACCGUACUCCGAACUCUUUAAUGAAUAGGUGGUCUGUGAUUCAACAAGCGGUAAAUAAGUUUUGUGGUUACUUAGCCCAAGUUGAAUUAAGGCCCCAAAGUGGUAUGAAUGAGCAAGAUAAGAUUGGGAAGGCAAAACUCAUGUAUCACGAGUUUCAAGGGACAACAUUUCACUUUGAACAUUGUUGGUUAUUGUUGAGGUUUCAUCCAAAAUGGUUGGCUCAUAAAGAAACUACUACAAAACCAAAGAAAAAAUCUGUUGUGAAAUCUCGUACUAAUACUCAAGAUUCAAUAAAUCUAGAGAAAGACGAGGCCUCACCCGAAGCUUUUAUAAACUUAGAGCGACCAAUUGGCCGGAAAGCCGAGAAGAACAAAUGAAAGAGUACCGAGAAAACGAAUUCAGGCGUUGUUGUGAUAUUGAAUGACAUAAAUGAAGAUAAGAAGAAGAAAACAAGACUAUUUGAGGAAGCACGUGAGCUGGACAAAGAAAUGUUUCUUCUUAAGAAAGAGGAAGUGCGCCUUAAGCAAGAUGAAGUCCGCCUUAGAGAUGGAGAUUUACGCUUGAGAGAAAAAGCGCUUCGGUUGAAAGAAGAGAGAGAGGAAAAAGAGUUUAUGUUCAUGGAUUCAAGUGGUUUAGAUGAAGAUGGGCAAGAAUAUGUUCGUCGACGCAAAAAAGCAAUUCUUGAACGUCAAAUUGGCAAUCUUUGAAGGCCAAAAUUUCACUCUAUUUUUUGUUAGCUCUUUACUUUUGAAGGCACUAGUUUUAGUUUAAGUUCUAUUCUAUUUUGCUAGUGCGCCCUAGAGGCUUAAUUUUGUAGCUACUGAAAGUCAUGAUGCUUUGCAUAGGUGGAUCUUGAUGUUUUAUUUUGCCUCUAGCCACUUGUGUAUCUUGUAGCCCUUGUAACUAACUUGGUGUUCUCUUAUGCUGAAGGCCAAAAAACAUAGUCUUUUUGAUAAUGAAAAUAUUGUCUUCCAAGGAUCUGCUAUUUUUUGUCUGCAACCUGUUGUGCUUGGAUUUCACUCUAUGCUUGUGUUGAGAAACUAUUUAAUUCUUGUACAUCAGCCAUCAACCCAUUACAAAUUGAAUGUUCAUAUCAACUAGUGCACAUCAACUUUUAGCCUGGUUGUGCUACUGCCGCAAGUACACUUUCAGAUUGCUAAUAAAAUCCUGCUUUGG